AGCUGUCAUUGGGCUGACUUGUUUUGUUCGUUUGCCGACUUUUUCCUUGCCGAUUGUGUAUUAUGAACGCGCUAUCAUAGGGACAAAAUGUGAAUAAUUUCAUUGUGGUGUCAUUUAUUAUCACAGUGUAGUUCAAUGUCCCUACAAUCUUCAGCUAAUAGUGUUUUUUGCAAGCAGUUGUGAUCUUGUCAAGUGUCAAAAUGAUCAGCUGUUACGAAUUAUUUAUGCUCUAAUUGGAAGAGAUCAAAACUUUCGCUAUUGUGUUUCAAUAUCAGUGAUAACGUUUUUAUUACAUUUCUGGUAUCGAUAAGUGAAAAUGCAUUCUUUAUUGGGUGAUAGACUUCUUUUAGUGAUAGUGUCAUUAAUUUAUUUUCUUAAUUCUGUUGCUGCACAAGAUGGCAGCAUAACUAUACCUUUAAACAGCUCAAUAACAUAUGACAACAGGGAAAUAUACGGAGGUUUUAUUACAUUAAAUGGCAUAUCAAGAGUUACAAUUAAUUUUACUGAUGUCAAUAAGAAUCUUACGUUUAUAGUUUUUCAAGCUCAUAGUCACAUAAAUAAUAUCACCCUGUAUACAAGUGAUGCGGAACAAGGCAAUCAGACUGUUACAGGCACUAAUCUUGGUUUAGUGAGUUAUAUGAGUCCUGUAAACACAUUUAUUGUAUCUAAUUUUAAUAGCAAUGUCACUGUCCGUGUUUAUAUUUCCGUCCAUGGAUAUUUCAAAAUGGAACCUAUCCCAGGUGGAUGCAACAUGGAGUUCCCAAUACCAGUGACUCCUUAUCUGAAUGUAAUGACAUACAGCGACUAUAUUUUUGUGGAUGCAGCACCGCCAUCAGUAGACCCUGAUUGCUCAAUUACAAUGCAAGCGAACAUGUCUUUUUACAUGAUGUAUCUACCCGAAAUGAAUUUCUACGCUGAUGUCUACUUUGAUGGCAUCAGGAAGAUGAUGAGCCUCAAGAAUAUUAAGAAAUAUGGUUACCGAAUUCCGAAAAGUUCCUGGCCGGAGACGCGCCGUAUGUUGAGUGCUUACCCUGGCACUGGUGCAAUAUACACAGUAGUAGCGACAAGGGUUGAUAAUACCUCAGAAUACUCCAUCUACGUACCAAGCUAUAGUUAUGGUUGCAAUGACGUAAGUGAUUAUGGCUGCGAAAUGAUUGAUGACUGGCUAUCCCAACUACUAUGUGCUACAUUAAUGUUUAUUGGAGUUUUUAUAUGUUUCUUUGGACAUCGUUUCUUCAAGACCGAAAUGUUUUUCGCUGGGUUCUUUACCGGCGUCAUCAUAACUUAUAUUUUAAUAGCCUUAAUUACUGUAGUUGAUAAACCAGCAUUAUUAGCAGCUGCAACGAUUUCUGGCGUGUUCUUCGGAGGGAUAUGGUGGCUGUUCUGGUGGUUAUACGGCAUACCUGUACUCGCAGUACUGUUACCGUCUUUGAACCUUGGAUUCUUGCUUGCUUCGAUAUUCUAUUACAGACUUCCAGGUCACCAAUUGUUCCUGGAAUUAGACUUUAAUUUCUGGAGUCUUUUCGUCCUGGUGGUGAUGCUGACGGCUCUAGCGGUCGUCUCCGUGUCUUACGCGGCUAACAUUCUGUGCUGUGCCGUCAUCGGCGCGUACGCAACAGUGUUAGCCAUGGAUUACUACAUGGGAUCGAACUUGAAGUUCAUUAUUAUAAAUGUGAUUAGAAGAGCCGUUGUUCCACACUUUAAUAAGGCAAUUUUAGCACCGCCUUUGGAUUGGAAAGACAUAUCAAUGGCGUCGAUAUGGAUAGUUUUAGCUGGUCUAGGUUUCUUCUUCCAGCAUUGGCACAACCGUGGUAGACCCCCAUUCCCACCCCCUACGAGGCUGGUCAGACCCAGCAUGGCUGAACCUACCAUGUAUGGUGCCAUCAGCAAUUAUUUCCGCCGCCCAGAACAACAACCUGGAGAGGGUCAUGCUACGCCUGUUGCUAGAGUUCAGAACGAAAGAACAGCCCUACUGUCUUAGACACAACACUACUUACUGGUAUCUGUUUAAAAACAAUAAAAAAUAAAAAAAAUCAACAUAUACAUCUUAAACAAUUACAACAUUUCAAAAAUUGCCUUUAAAGAAUAAGUCGAUCUAAACAAAUGUUCUAGUUAAAUAAACGUUUUCCAAAAAAACACGAUCUCAAAAAUGGUUAGUAAAUAAAUUAAUUCACUAACAAUAAUUGUUGCCAUGGUAACCUAAAGAAGUAACCUUCAAGAAAAGAGCGUAUUCCUUUUUAAAGGGCCGGCAACGCACCUGUGGUGUUGCGGGAGUCCAUGGGUAGCGCUGAUCGCUUACCAUCAGGUGAUCCGUCUGCUCGUUGCCUCCUAUUCCAUAAAAGGAAGUAAUGAAGGAAAGAUCACCCAAGACCCAAUUUGUCUUUCUUUUGUCUUGAACAGCGCCUCGUCUCUUUCAAAGUAAUACUGAGAAUUUUACUGGAGAUUACAUCUGCCUCCUUUCUAUAACAAUUAACAAUAUGUUUGGAACACGUGAUCUCAAUAAAAUCGUUAUAAAUCUAACUACAUACUUAUUAACAAAAUCGGUUACUAUGGUAACCAAACAAGAACUUAUGUUAAACGAUUCUAUCGUGCCAAUUUUGAUUUUCCAAAGAAAUAGAAUUAUUAUUAAUCCUAGACUUAUUGUUUUGUUAAUUUUAGUUUAGAUUAAAUCAAUUGUAUUGGUAAAAAGAUUUAUCAUCUUUUUUCAUUAUAAACAAAAAAAAAAUAGUUACUACCUACCGUCGUCAAAACACAAUAAAUAAAAAACUCACCAGUUAUUGAAUAAGCGUGACAUUUAACUACUAUAAUUACACACGUAUCUAUAGAUCGCUACUGUAGAUUUUAGCUUAUUUACAGUAGUUUACGCCUUUAGAAAUACUUAUCAAUCAAAUUUCUCCUAAACUCUUAUAAUGCUAAAAAAAAAAUUCAAUUGAAAGCUUAUUUAUAUUGAAUAAUUUAUAUAUUUCCGUCUCUGUUUAGCUUUUGGAUAAAGUAAUCGUGCGAAAGGGACAAAUAUAGCACCCUGCCAGCAUAGAACAACGUCAAUUUUUACAAUAUUAAACUUAAAUACGCAUUAGACUUUAAUAAUAUUAUGAUAACUACAAGACAAUUUUGAAACUACUUACGCUCUCUCGUUAUAGAUAUUGAAUGCCUUAAAUAUAACCAAAAAAAUGUAUCCAACGUUAUUUAUGUUAUAAUAAUAAAUAAAUAAACUACGUUUAACAAAUCGACUUCAACCC